GAGGAAAUUAUAACAUGGUCCCCGAAUUAUAAUACCACCAUAUGACAGUACCAACUACUACGUGGUAGUCCGGAACCACAUAAUAUGAUGAUAAUUUCUCAGCUAGAGGCACAGGUCAAGAAAUCAAGAGAGCGUACGAAAUCCCAAACCACCGCCCGACACAAAUGAAGACCUUACUCUUUCUCCUCCUACUCUGCUUCCUUUCGCUCACACACCCCACUCUCUCCGACGCCACCUCAGCCUAUCCUUCCGUUCCCGGUACCGCCCCCGCCGACUGUUCUUUCUCCGACGGCCAUGAGGCCCAUGACACUGCCCCUCUGAUUCCCCCUCGCCGUGAAGUGUAUGGAAAUGGCCGAAUCUUCGACAUAACCCACCUGAUCACCACGGCCACGCCAUCGUAUGGCUCCCCGGACGGCGUGCUGGGUCAGUUCCUGUGGUUCCCCCACAGAAAGAAGAAUGGCUCCAUCGCGUCAGUUUUCAAGCUGCCUUCUCACACCGGCACGCAUGUUGAUUCCCCUGGACACUACUUCCAUCACUACCUCGAUGCUGGCUUCGAUGUCGAUACGCUUGACUUGGAGGUCCUUAAUGGUCCAGCAUUGUUAGUUGAUGUUCCAAGGGACAAGAACAUAACUGCUGAAGUGAUGAAGUCCUUAAAUAUACCAAAGGGAGUACGUCAUGUGCUCUUUAGAACAUUAAAUACUGACAGACGGCUUAUGUUCAAAAAUCAGUUUGACCCAAGCUAUGUGGGAUUUAUGAAGGAUGGAGCCAAGUGGUUGGUGGAAAACACUGACAUCAAGCUUGUUGGAAUUGAUUACUUAUCUGCUGCUGCAUUUGAUGAUUUGAUUCCAUCGCACCUUGUUUUUCUAGAAAGUAGGGAAAUCAUUCUUGUGGAAGCCCUAAAACUUGAUGACAUCCAACCAGGAAUAUAUUCAGUCCAUUGCUUACCUUUGAGGUUGCAGGGUGCAGAAGGAUCACCAAUCAGAUGCAUUCUUAUCAAAUGAUGCAGACUUCUUUUAAUAUCCCCGAAACAGCAACAGCCCCAGGAAAUAUUGCAUCGCAUGUCUGAGUUCUUGCAAGGUGGAAAAGAUGUGAGGCUAACAGGGCCGGCCCUGUGUAUUCGGAGGCUCAAGGAGAACAAAAUUUCGAGGCCCAAAAAAAUUAAACUUAAUUAAUCAAAAUUUCAAGGCUUGAUAUGCUUCUUCUUUGUUGCUACUAAACUACUUAUUAAGAGAACCAACUUGAGUUUUAUGUAAAGCUUCUCUCCUCUCUUUCUCUUUUA